UACACCAAUUCUUGAUACAUUUCUAAAAAGGGAUUUUCCUAGGGUUUUACCAAUUUGACAUCUCCCUCUUCUUCGGACCAAACCAUUUCUCAUUCUACAAUUCAAGCCCUAAAUUCAUCAAGGGUUUUGUUUUCUAUAUAUCGAUUCGGGAAUUUGAGUUCAUGGUACAACGGAUGAAGCGAUCAGACAUUGAUUUCAGGGGAGCUGUAACAUUUUCCGUCGGAGUCUCGCCUAAGCAGGAGAUCGAAGAUUCAUUGGAAGAUCGGUAUGGGCCACUCAACAAGCGAUCCAAGUCGUCUUCUUUUUCUUCUGAUCAGAUGAAAAUGCCGGUUAAUGAGCCCUCACCUUCACAAUACAACCCGCUUGAUGAACCAAGUCCAUUAGGAUUGCGACUGAGGAAAACCCCUUCAUUGUUAGAUUUGAUACAAAUGAGGCUCUCCCAAGGCAAUGUUUCUACUCCCGCUGCUGCUGCUGCUCCAUCAAGUCAAAACAAGGCAUCUAUAAUAAAGAAGGAUGUCAAAGGCGCGAAUGCAACUGGUUCCUUAGACAAGCAAAAGGCCUCAAAUUUCCCUGCUUUACUGCUGAGAAUUGGAAGCUGGGAGUAUUCUUCAAAAUUUGAAGGUGAUUUAGUUGCAAAAUGUUAUUUCGCAAAGAAUAAGCUUGUGUGGGAGAUCCUUGACGAUGGUCUCAAGAGUAAGAUAGAGAUCCAGUGGUCGAACAUUCUGGAUUUGAAAGCACAUUGCCCUGAUAAGGGUCCUGGUUCCUUGACUGUUGUGCUGGCUAGGCAACCACUAUUCUUCAAGGAGAGCAAUCCACAGCCUAGAAAGCACACCUUAUGGCAAACAACAACAGAUUUUACCGAUGGGCAGGCUAGUUCUCACAGGCAACAUUUUCUGCAGUUCUCUACUGGAGUACUAAACAAACAUUACGAAAAGUUGAUAAAAUAUGACGCACAGUUGGACCUUUUGAGCCGGAAGCUAGAUAUUAUUAUAGAAUCGCCAUUAUUUGAAAAACAAACUAGUUGUGCAGUGGUGAGUCUAGAUGGAUCAGAUACUUCCAGCAUUCAGAAGACGGAAGCUACUGAAGAUUCGUCUAGCUCUUGUUUACAUGAUACUGCAUCAGGAUCUACUGAAUCAUUAUCCUUUAAAACUGACGAACCAAAUUCUUCUGGGAUUGUGGUGUCUGCGGAAAAUUACUCUCCCAUUUUAGGGAAUGCAACCCAAGGGCAACAGCAAGACUCUUCUGCAGUGGAUGUCUCGGACUGGGAUAAAUUGAAAGGCAUAGGAGUCCAUCGAUCAAUGUCCAUAACGGAUCUAGUGAACCACAUUGGACAUAAGAUCUCUGAAAAGAGGGUUUCAUCAGGAAACCCCAUGGACUCGAAGAAGGAAGUUGAAUGUGAUAACAUUCUGGAGAACCUCACUCAGAUCCUAAUGAGCGACACACAUUCCAUAGCACCUUCUGAUGAGAAAACCCUAAUGUCAAGGAUCAAUUCAUUUUGUUGUCUCUUGGAUGAUGACCCGCCUAAUGUUCCCAAGCCUCAAGAACAGGCAACUCAGCAACUUGAGGGCGGUUUGCCCACUGAUGUUGCUGAAAACAAACAGGCACCAGGUAUGUCCAGGAGGGACUCAUACGGCGAUCUGGUUUUUAACCUUCCUAGGAUAUCAUCUCUCCCUAAGUUCUUGUUCAAUAUAUUUGAAAGUGAUGAUGAGGACAACAGUUUAUGGUAGAUUGGAAGUCUAGUGUGGGUAGGAGAGGCUUAAACUGAGAAAAUUAUGGUGUAUUUAUUUUAUUUUAUUCCUUUCUUCUUGGUUUGGAUUUGAUGAUAAGAUAUUCUUUUGGUCAUGGGGGAGUUCUAGGAUUAACAUAACAAAUUGUGAAUUCCUUUAGUUGAAAAAGUCUUACUUUUCAGUAUGUUGAUUUUGCUGGUUUUCUC